CCUCCCCCCUCCACCUCCACCUUUUAACCCUCAAUGAUGACUUCCCCGGACUCUCCACCUCUGGUCUCCCCUUCCCCGUGCCCUGCUCCCCCUCCAUCCCUCCCCUCCUCACCAGUUCCCUCCUCCCCAGCCCCUUCUUCCUCCUCCCUGCCUGCCCCACCCUCGCUGCCUCCCACGGGGGAGGUGAUGGUGCUGGCUCUGGGCAGGAAGAAGCAGAGGGUUCUGAUUACUCUCUCCAUCCUGCCCAACCUCUUCCUGGCCUUCCUGCUCUCUUCCGACCCCCUCAUCACCCUCUCCCCGCCCCACCACUGCCACCUGCCGGGGCCUUUACCAUCACCCGAGGUGCUGAACGCCUCCCUGCCCUGGGAGAAGGGGGAGAGGCACGGGGACAGCGGGGGCCUGUCCCAAUGUAAGCAGUAUGUCAAUGGCAGCCAAUCAGCAGUAGUGGAAUGCGAGGCUGGCUGGGACUACAACGUCACAGAAGGGCUGAGGAACAACAUCGUUACUGAGUGGGACCUGGUGUGUGGUCAGUACUGGCUGGUCCCAGUGGAGGAGGUGUGUUUCAUCCUGGGUAUCCUGACUGGCUGUCUCAGCCUGGGCUAUGCUGCUGACAGGCUGGGCAGGUCCAAGACUCUGCUGACCUGUCUGACCCUGUCGGUGGUGUUUGGGGUGCUGGUGUGUGUCUCUCCGUACCCCUCCAUCUUCAUCGUCAUGCGUUUCUGUUUGGCGGCAGCUAGUGCGGGAGUCUACCUCAUUCUGUACAUCACUCGUCUGGAGCUGUGUGAACCGUCUCUGAGGCUGGUGGUGACCAUGCUGGCCGGGCUGAUGACUGUAGCCGGAGAGCUGCUGCUGCUGGCCGUCGCCCUGGGCUGCCAGUCCUGGAGGGGCCUGCUGGGAGCCGGCGCCGCCCCGCUAACACUCUUCCUCAGUUACGGCAUUCCCGGGGUGUUUCCAGAGUCUCCUCGCUGGCUCCUGAUGUCCGAGAGAUCUGCAGACAUGAACUCCUUCACGGAGAGAAGGAACUCCAACAGAGAUGUGAGGGACGACGAGAGCUUCACAGAGCUGGAUUCAGAGCCAGCCCCCUCCUCACGCCCCCACCUGUCCUUCCCUGAGCUCUUCCACAGCAGGAACAUCUGGAAGAACAUGUGUGUGCUCGGCUUCACCUCAUUUAUCUCUCACGGCAUUAGUCACUGUUACAGCUCUUUCCGAGGAGACGUCAGAGGCACGGCCCCCAGCUUCUAUUGGACAUACCUGCUGUCUGUGUGCGCCGGGGGUGGGGCCUGGCUGUUGCUCUGGGCGACCGUAGACAGGUGCGGCCGCCGCGGCAUCCUACUCCUUUCCAUGACGAUGACGGGGCUGGCCUCUUUGAUCCUCCUGGGACUCAUGGAGUAUCUCAGUGAGACGGCCAUCACAGUUUUCUCAGUGCUGGGUCUCUUCUCCUCCCAGGCCACCGCCUCCCUCUGCAUCCUCUUCACUGCAGAGAUCAUGCCCACCGUCAUCAGGGGCAGCUGUGUGGGUGCGGUGCUGGCCCUGGGCUGCGUGGGCCGCCUCAGCUCCCCGCUCAUGGACCUGAGGAACCACUACGGUUACUUCCUUCACCACGUGGUCUACUCCUCUCUGGCCCUGCUGGCCGUGCUGUCCAUACUGCUGCUGCCUGAGAGCAAAAGGAAGCCGCUGCCCCAGACGCUGGCCGACGGUGAGCAGUACCGACGCCCCCCACUGGGCAGGAGGAGGAGGGACAAUGUGCCGCUGCUAGCCACGCCCAACCCAGAGACCUAAAAGACUCCUGAAAGAGAGGUCGGACUGUGCUUCAAUCACCAUUUUGCAAACCGGAAGAUUUACAUCCAUCAUGCUCAUGGAGAGGAGGAGAAAGCCACGAGGGCUGCACAGAUGAUGGUGGACGGCCGAUGAAGGGCGGUGAUGAACGUGAUUAGGCUGUCUGAGCUUCCUAACAUAUCAUCCCAUAGUCAUUCCAAACACAGGCGGUUGGGUCGAGCCAUUCGUCUUCACCAUUCUCUAUUUCCUGCCAUUCAGAUGUGUGACACACGAUGUUCACAGACACAUGUAGGGCAGGCUUCAUCUUCAUCACCUCCUGACCAGA